UACUCUCUCCCAAUAUCUUAUUUACAUUGAUGCAGUCUUUCACCCUCUCGUAUAACUCUUUGCCUUUGCUCUACUCUCUUUAUUUUCUUUCUCUUGUAGAACUAGUAGUACAGCAAGCACAACAACAUGGAUGGAGUGAGGAGUGAUGUGAAGGUGGUAGAGAGUCCAAGGAGAGUAAGGGUUUUUGAUGCCUUCCUGAGACUUUUUGCGUUGGCCUUUACACUGGUUGCAGCAGUUGUGGUGGGUGUUAGCAAGGAGACCGAGAUUGUUCCUAUCACUAUUACACCAAGCUUACCCACCUUGCAUCUUCAAUUCACUGCAAAGUGGCAGUAUAUGUCUGCUUUUGUGUACUUCUUGGUAUCAAAUGCCAUAGCAUGUUCAUAUGCAGCAGCAUCUUUGUUAUACUCAUUGGCAGUCAGCUCAAGCUUCAACCAAGAUGCAGUAGUAUUGGUAUUAAGCAUUCUAGACCUUGUCAUAAUGGCACUACUCUUCUCUGCAAAUGGUGCAGCGGCUGCUAUUGGAAUCAUUGGCCGUGACGGGAACUCACACGUGCAAUGGAGAAAGGUGUGUGAUAUGUUUGGUGCCUUUUGUCACCACUUCACUGCUGCCUUAGUUCUGUCCCUGAUUGGUUCUUCCGCCUUUCUUUUGCUUGUGGCCUUUGCUGUUUUGGGACUUCACAAGAAACCAAAAUGAAAAAUAGGGUUGUUGGUAAAUUAAUUAUACGAAGUUAGGUUUGGUGUAAGAAAGCUUGUUAUGUGCUGGUACUUUACUAGUAGUAAAUGUAUGUGCGACUUGGCAUUCAAAAGUUAAAAAAGAAGUAGAAGAAAGGACUAGUAAAUGCUUUUCUGUGUGCUAAUUGAAUUCGAUGCCAAACAGCUGGUAGGUGUGGUUUAUUAAUUGCUACUUCUAUGCAGAACCGGAUAACUAAUAAUGGAGUCUUUUUUAUAUUUA